AUGGAUUCAAGCCGUGUAGACUUUCACAGCCGAGCAGAGAGUGUUACUUCUGGCCUCAGCCUAAGAAGCUUACAGGAAGCCUCCAGUGAAGACGAAAACCAGUUCAUUGUGCAGGUCAAGAAGGCUCUGGCCUUCUGUCGGAGAUGUACACGGAUAUCUUGGUCGAAGAGUCGUGCCGAAUUUCUUAAAAGUAUCGGCCUCCAAUCCAUGACCUUCACAACACCAAGCGGAUCGCGAGGCUGUAAAAGCAAGCCGCGUCCUCCAGUGCUUCGCAUUGGGCGAUGUAACGGAUCCGACUCUCAUAGGUAUCGACUUAGCCCAAGCUUCAGCUACACUGCAAGUACAGCAAGCGAUCCCUUCAUCACUUCACCAUCAUGGCUGAAGGCUGAGUUCUCGAGCAGUGAGACGAUAUCCUGAGAGUGGUAUUCUAUUUCAAUCCCGCACGUGGAUGUACUACUUGUAUUGGAUUAAUGUCAGCAGUGUCGAAAACACGCGUUUCGCUUUGGCUUCUUGCAACAGGAACGC